UGCUGGAAGCUCCCAGUUCUAAAGAGAGGCUGUUUACCAGAAGCACAUAACAAGAGCAGGUCUGACUGCAAGGCUGGGAACGGGAGGCAGAGCCGCCGCCUAGGGGGACCCGGCUGGACUCUGGUUGGUCAGUCACCUGCAGGAGGAAGGAGGUGAGGAUGCUGUUGGCCUGGGUGCGAACAAUCCUCGUCAGCAACAUGCUCCUGGCAGAAGCCUAUGGAUCUGGAGGCUGCUUCUGGGAUAACGGCCACCUGUACCGGGCGGAUCAGCCCUCCGCCGCGCCGGGCCACCGCUGCCUCAACUGGCUGGACGCGCAGAGCGGCCUGGCAUUUGCCCCAGAGUCGGGCGCCGGCAACCACAGCUACUGCCGGAACCCGGACCAGGACCCGCGCGGGCCCUGGUGCUACGUCAGCGGCGAGGCUGGAGCUCCCGAGAAGCGACCUUGCGAGGACCUGCGCUGCCCAGAUACCACUUCCCAGGGCCUGCCAACCUCCACGACAGAAACUGAGGAGGCUGCUGAAGUGCCAGGAGGAGAUGAGGUGUUUGCUCCUGCCAACGCCCUGCCUGCCCGGAGCGAGGCUGCAGCUGUGCAGCCAGUGAUUGGGAUCAGUCAACGGGUGCGGGUGAACUCCAAGGAGAAGAAGGACCUGGGAACCCUGGGCUACGUGCUGGGCAUCACCAUGAUGGUGAUCAUCAUUAUCAUUGGAGCUGGAAUCGUCCUUGGCUACACCUACAAGAGGGGCAAGGACCUGAAAGCCCAGCACGAGCAGAAAGCGUGUGAGCGGGAGCUGCAGCGGGUCACCCUGCCCUUGUCUGCCUUCACCAACCCCACCUGCGAGAUCAUGGAUGAAAAGACCGUGGUGGUCCACGCCAGCCAGACUCCAGUCGACCUUCAGGAGGGCAGUGCCCCCCUCAUGGGCCAGGCAGGCACUCCAGGCGCCUGAGCCCCCCCACGAUGGGCAGGAGCCCAUUGCAGAGACUGGUGCGGGACCACCUACCCCCGCCCCUACAGCUGGGAGGAGCUACACUUUCUAUUGUGGUUGAAACCCCCCCUUUUUCUGUUUGAACCCGAAGACAGGAACAGGCGGCCCUGUGGGCUGAGAGCGAGGCUGGGCAGUGUCCUGCAAGGCUCGCUCUCCAUACCGUGGAGCAGGGUUUUUCCCACGGAUGGGGACAGCAACAGCCCCCGCAGCAGCGCUGUGACAGGGGCUUCCUGUGCCCCGGAACCAAACCAGGGACGGACAGGGGGCUCCCCCAGCUCCCCUGUGCUUCAUUGUGCAAGGUGGCCUCAGCCUCAGCCUCCCCACGUGCUCGCUGUGGGUCUGAGGGGCACGCGCUGUUAUUCACAGUUCUGGUCACGUAGGUCAAGAGGCAGUGUUUAAAAAAUGUAUUUAGUUUUUUCAGUAUUUAGGACGCAGUCCCCUCCUCACCAUUUCUGGGAAAUGGAAACGAGUCUGUAUGAAAGUCAGCACUGUGGGUUGAGCAUAGGAUCUAGGCAGAGGCUGCUGGCAGUGAUGUGCCUUGAGGACUGUAGGCCGGGCCCAGGGCCCCAGGGCUCCUCCUGUUCUGAAAGGAGAGGAAGGGAAGAAUGGCACUGAACAUUCCACUGAGGAGCAGAGUGAGGGAUUCGCAGCUGCCUCAGCCCCCAGGGCCUGAGCGGGCCCGGGGCACCCCCGACGGCCUCCUCUCAGGGUGCACAGUGGCCUCUCUGCAUCCCCAGGGCUGAGACAGCAGCCAGCUGACCUACAGGAACAGCGCUGUGGGUGGGGCCUCGUGACCUGCUGCUCAGAGAUUAACCAGGAGACCCGCCGGGAGGCAGGUGACGGAAGGCCUCAGGGCCAGCACCUUCCUGUGGUGAAGCAGGGUGAAGGUCACGACCCCUAACUUGUGAAACAAUCGAAGACCUAUUGGAAGAGACCUUAGGGCUCCUGACGCCUUUUGGACAGAAGGGGUCCGAAGAGAGUGACGCUCAGGUUCGAAGAGGAAGCUCCCGGCACGGUCAGCCUCGAGCCUGUGAUGGCACACUCGGGGGUCUCAGCAGAGCUAACCUGGCCACAGAGCUUCCUUCCCAAAGCCCUGCCACCACUGUUCACAGAGGCCGGGUUUGUGGGGCUGUCUGUCUCCAGCAGGCUAUUCCCAGAAGUCACCUGCUGAGGGGACCUAGGCCUCGGGGGGUCUCUUGUUGGUCAUGAUGCAGAAGCCAUGACCGGUUUCUACUUUUCUAUGAAAGCAUUUCUGUGUACAUGUUUUUAUAUACCUCAUUCUGACACCUGCGAAUAAAAGUGCAGGAAAUGGCUCUGCA